GUGAUGGCGCUAACUAUAUAACCAAUUGGGGGGGAUCCCUUCUCACCACACAAGGAAACACUCAGGGACUUUGUGUAGGGAGAAGGAGGAUAAUGGCUGACAAGGGAAAGACUCACCUGAAUGUGGUCAUCAUUGGCCAUGUGGACUCUGGGAAGUCCACCACCACCGGGCACCUCAUCUACAAGUGUGGGGGUGUUGAACCAAGAUCUUUGGAGAAACUGGAGGCUGCAGCUGGUCAGAUUGGUAAGGGCUCAUUCAAGUUCGCAUGGAUCUUGGACAAGCUGAAGGCCGAGAGGGAGCGUGGGAUCACCAUCGAUAUCUCCCUAUGGAAGUUCGAAACCAACAGGUUUACCAUUACAAUAAUUGAUGCCCCGGGCCACAGGGACUUCAUUAAGAACAUGAUCACUGGCACAUCCCAGGCUGACGUGGCUCUUCUAGUGGUCUCUGCUGCCACAGGAGAGUUUGAAGCCGGAGUGUCCAGAAAUGGUCAAACCAGGGAACACGCCCUUCUGGCCUACACCAUGGGUGUCAAGCAACUGGUAGUUUGCGUGAACAAGAUGGACCUGACUGAUCCUCCAUACAGUGAGAAGAGGUUUGACGAAGUGGUCAAGAAUGUGACUAUGUAUCUAAAGAAGAUUGGAUACAACCCUAAUUCUAUCCCAUUUGUACCAGUCUCGGGGUGGACAGGAGAGAACAUAUCAUCUCCAAGCCAGAAGAUGGGUUGGUUUAGAGGAUGGAAAGUUAAACGAAAAGAUGGCUUUACUAAAGGACAGUCUCUGCUUGAAGUCAUGGACAACCUGGUUCCUCCAGUCCGACCGGCCAACAAGCCAUUACGAUUGCCUCUGCAGGAUGUGUACAAGAUAGGAGGAAUUGGUACUGUGCCUGUUGGCAAAGUAGAGACUGGGAUUCUGAAGCCGGGGAUGACCAUCUCCUUUGCACCAUCAAACUUUACUGCAGAAGUGAAGUCUAUAGAGAUGCACCAUGAGCCUCUCCAGACAGCGUUUCCAGGCUACAAUAUAGGUUUUAAUGUAAAGAAUGUAGCCGUGAAGAAUCUGAAACGUGGAAAUGUUGCUGGAAACUCCAAGAGUGACCCACCGACUGAGGCCACCAGCUUUAGUGCACAGGUCAUAAUUCUGAACCAUCCUGGCUUCAUAAAAGCUGGCUACUCCCCGGUCAUAGACUGCCAUACUGCGCACAUCACCUGCCAGUUCUCCGAGCUUCAGGAGAAGAUCGAUCGGCGAUCUGGCAAAAAACUCGAGGACCGUCCUUAUCAACUGAAGUCUGGAGAUGCCGCCAUUGUGACCCUCAAGCCCAUCAAACCCUUCUGCGUGGAGAGGUUCUAUGACUAUCCACCUCUAGGGCGCUUUGCCGCUCGGGAUCUGAAGCAGACUGUCGCAGUGGGUGUAGUUAAAUCUGUAGAAAGAAAAAUGGCCAGGAAACAAGCCCAGAAGCCCACCCUGGUGAAAUGAAGAUCUUGGCACCUUAUUUGCUUUACUGUCUUAAUUCUAGUUCUGCAGAAGUCUCUGCUACAACAGUGACGUGUAACUGUUUCUCUAAGUUAUUGUGACCUCCUAAUAAAAAUAUUCAGC